AUGAUUUUAAUUUUUAAAUAUAGGUGUCGCGUUGGAUGGUGGGGAGAGAACUGCGAGAAAUGUUACCCCUACCCAGGAUGUGUGCAUGGAACUUGUCGCAGACCCUGGGAGUGCAAUUGCAAAAAGGGAUGGGGUGGAAUGUUAUGUGAUCAAGAACUUAAUUAUUGCGAGGAGAAUCCAAAUACAUGCCACAACAAUUCUAAGUGUAUAUCCCUACCAAAAGACGAAGGCAGUUAUAAAUGCUUAUGCCCAGAGAGAACAUUUGGUCGACAUUGCGAACAUACAGAACAGUCUAUUCAUGAACAUCCGAUAAAGUCCACAACGGAAAAAGCAGCAAACAUUACAGCAAUCACCGUAAAACCUAUACAAAGUAAUGAAAAUAAAACUGAUAAUGGAAAACUAGAACCCGUUGAUAUUGACAAUGAAACAUAG